AAUAGAAUAAAUAGUGAAGGAGAGGAUGGGUAAGAAGGCAGGAGAAGGGAUUGCAUUGGGGAGGGAUAACAAACCAAUCCAACUCUCAGUCUAACUCGGCUCUGCCAUUCCUAUUUCCAACUCUCAGUACUAAAUUAUAAUCCCACAGAGAGCGUGCACACAAGUGCGCAUUUUAGCCACAAUGGUGCACCCAAUAGCGGAGGCCAACGAGCACAGCCCGUUCGGCAUGCAAACACCGGACGAGUUCUACGCUCGUCACUCAGUGAGCCACGGUUCCGAGUUCAUCACAAAUUCCAGGGGUCUCAAACUCUUCACUCAGUGGUGGACCCCACUCCCUCCCAACACUCUCAUCGGAACCCUCGCCGUCGUCCACGGUUUUACCGGCGAGUCCAGCUGGCUCCUCCAACUCACCGCCGUUCACUUUGCCAAGGCCGGUUUCGCCACCUGUGCCAUCGACCAUCAAGGCCACGGCUUCUCCGACGGCCUCGUCGCUCACAUCCCCGACAUUAACCCCGUUGUCGACGACUGUAUCACCUUCUUCGACAAUUUCCGUUCUCGCUUCGAUCCCUCGCUACCGUCGUUUCUCUACUCCGAAUCUCUCGGCGGCGCUAUCGCGCUUCUCAUCACUCUCCGCCGUAACGGAUCGCCGUGGAACGGACUCAUCCUCAACGGCGCCAUGUGCGGCAUAAGCGCCAAGUUCAAGCCGCCGUGGCCGCUCGAGCACUUUCUCUCCGUCGUCGCGGCGAUAAUUCCUACGUGGCGCGUGGUCCCCACACGCGGCUCGAUUCCUGAGGUGUCGUUCAAGGUGGAGUGGAAGAGGAAGCUGGCGCUGGCGAGUCCGCGGAGAACGGUGGCGCGCCCGCGCGCUGCCACGGCGCAGGAGCUGUUGAGGAUUUGCCGAGAGCUGCAGGAGAGGUACGAGGAGGUGGAGGUGCCGCUCCUGGUGGCGCACGGCGGCGAGGACGUGGUCUGCGACCCCGCGUGCGUGGAAGAAUUGUACGCACGCGCCGUCAGUAAGGACAAAAUACUGAAGAUAUAUCCGGGCAUGUGGCACCAGAUGAUUGGAGAACCCGAAGAGAACGUGGAGUUGGUGUUUGGGGAUAUGUUGGAGUGGCUUCGCACUCGCGCUCAACGCGCCGCCGUACACGGUGACGCUUAAGGGCAAACUUUGUAGUUGUUCAACUAUGAGAUAAUAAUAUUGGUUGGGUCUUUCUCAGAUAAGAUAUUUGUCGUUACAAAACAGUUAUGGGUUUCACGCAUCGCCACCCUAUCCGUGCAGUUAACGAAAUUAAGUUUUCCUAUUAAUUACAUUUUUUAAUUAAAAUACCAGAAUAAAGUUUUUUGUAACUACAGUACAAUUAUGAUUUUUUAUGUUUUUUAAACAAUUGAAUAAUUAUGGUUUUCUUUUAUGUUUGUAAAAGAAGAUAAAGUACUGUGAUUUUGUAAAAGAAAAAUGUAUGGAAGUAUUUAGGAUCGUUAUAUUGUCCCAACUUCCAACCCCCAAUUUUAUGGGAUGUCCGUCCCAAAGUAUGACCCACCCACCAAAUUUUGACAUAAAAAUAUGAAGUCCACCUUCAUUACUUUUUGCAAGUUAACAGGAUACUGCCUUUACUUAUAUUUCCAUACUAAAAUUUCUUUUAUUAGAGUUAUUUAAUAUUUUUUCAAAUAUAUUUUUAUUUAUCUUAUUAUAUAAUUUUUUCAACCUUUUACACUAUUUAAAUAUCAUUAUUUUUUUAUUCAUUAAAAAGUAUUAAUAAAAAUAUUAAUAUUAUAAAUUUUUAUUUAGAUAGAUAAAAGGGAAUAUUUUUUCUUUCUUUAAACAAAUAAUUUUUUUUAAAAAAAAGUUACGACAUACUAUGUUCUUUUUUGACUUUUCUUAAUAAAAUCGAAUAUUUGGUUUUUAAACUAUACACAACCCUCUAAAUAAUGUGAAUUUUUGUUACUAGAUAGUAGCUUUUACUCCAACUAGUUGUCUCGAAUGAAUUUUGAUAAACAACAAAAUGA